UAGGUCAUUUUUGUUGCAAUGGUUGGAAACAUAGCACUUUUAUUGUUUCUGCCAAUUCUGGUGUCGUGUUCUGGGGAAGGUAAUAUUCGCUUGUUACAAGAAGAAGUCACGGUGGCUCUAAAAGCCUGUACUAAUGGCAACGAUUUUAACAAUGCCCAAGAUAACGGUGGCAGUCGUCAACGCAGAUCCAGUAACUCCAACGAUAAUGCAUAUAUCGAUUUUAACCCAAUGCAAGAAGUCGAGUAUGCCGAUGAACGACGCAAUGUAACAGAUAUACUUAAAGAAACAGACGUUCCAAAUAGUACUAGCUUUAAUGAUGAGGGCUUUACUACUCGAAACUUAGAAGAUGCAGCUCUAGAUUCUACAAAAAUUCAGAUAAUUAGGAAAUAUAAUGAUACUGACACAAUUUCCAGAAGGAAGAAACGAAGUGAACCUCUUUUUGAUAAGCCAGACACUAAUCAGUGUCUUAGUCAAUGUGUGUUCGCUAAUUUACAAGUGGUAGACUCCAGAGGAAUCCCCCGAGAAACUGAACUUUGGAACCUUGUGCAAUCAGCGGUGACAUCGCAACAAUCACGAGCUGCUUUACGUGACCAGAUCAGAGCGUGUUUCCAAGAGUUACAAUCAGAAGCCGAAGAUAAUGGAUGCUCUUACUCUAACAAAUUGGAAAGAUGUUUGAUGCUACGAUUCGCUGAUCGCAAGAUGGAUGAAGGCAACGCUAAUGAGAAAAAGGCUGACCAAUAGUUUAACUAACCAAGGGUCAGUGUAAAAACGGAAUUACGACACAUAUUUUAAGCGGUAAUCCUUGGUGAUCUAACGGCUAGUCAAAUCUUUUCGGCAACCAGCUUUAACAGAAAAUAGUUAGUAUCUAACAUAAUUAUAUUCUGAAGUUAGUGACGUAACAUGAGUUUCUGCUAUGCGAGGACUGAAAAAUUGCCGCCUCCUAUUUCAGUAGCGGUCUCAGGCGUCGCGAGGCUGCGAUAAAAAAAAUAGGGCCCGCUUUCAACUAUACUAAGAAAAAUUGCAGCGCAGCCCCAUUUUUCAUAUGCCGCCCCUACUUUCGUGUACCGCACGAGCC